GCUUCCCUUGCACCUCUCUGCAUCCUCCCCACCCUGCCAACAACAUGCACCUUGCCAGUUUGGUCAGCUCCUGCUCCCUCCUACUGCUAUUGGGGGCCCUUCCUGGAUGGGCAGCCAAUGAUGACCCCAUUGAGAAGGUCAUUGAAGGAAUCAACCGAGGGCUGAGCAAUGCAGAGAGAGAGGUGGGCAAGGCCCUGGAAGGCAUCAAUAAUGGAAUCACUCACGCUGGAAGGGAAGUGGAGAAAGUUUUUAAUGGACUUAGCCACAUGGGGAGCCAGGCCGGCAAGGAACUGGACAAAGGCGUCCAGGGGCUCAACAACGGCUUGGACAAGGUAGCCCAUGGGAUCAACAAUGGCGUCGGACAAGCAGGAAAGGAGGCAGAGAAGUUUGCCCAUGGGGUCAACCACGCUGCUGGACAGGUUGGGAAGGAGGCAGACAAAGUGAUCCAGGGGGUCCAUCAUGGGGUGAACCAGGCGGGAAGUGAAGCAGGGAGGUUUGGCCAAGGGGUCCACAAUGCUGCUGGGCAGGCUGGGAAUGGGGCAGAGAAGUUUGGUCAGGGGGUACAUCAUGGGGUUAACCAGGCUGGGAACGAGGCAGAGAAGUUUGGCCAUGGGAUCCAUCAUGGGGUGAACCAGGCUGGGAAUGAGGCAGAGAAGUUUGGCCAUGGGAUCCACCAUGGGGUUAACCAGGCUGGGAACGAGGCAGAGAAGUUUGGCCAUGGGAUCCAUCAUGGGGUGAACCAGGCUGGGAAGGAAGCAGAGAAGUUUGGUCAGGGGGUCCAUCAUGGGGUGAACCAGGCUGGGAAGGAAGCAGAGAAGUUUGGCCAUGGGAUCCAUCAUGGAGUGAACCAGGCUGGGAAGGAGGCAGAGAAGUUUGGUCAGGGUGUCCAUCAUGGGGUGAACCAGGCUGGGAACGAGGCAGAGAAGUUUGGUCAGGGUGUCCAUCAUGGGGUGAACCAGGCUGGGAACGAGGCAGAGAAGUUUGGCCAUGGGAUCCAUCAUGGGGUGAAUCAGGCUGGGAAUGAGGCAGAGAAGUUUGGUCAGGGGGUCCAUCAUGGGGUGAGCCAGGCUGGGAAGGAGGCAGAGAAGUUUGGCCAUGGGAUCCAUCAUGGGGUGAACCAGGCUGGGAAGGAGGCAGAGAAGUUUGGUCAGGGGGUCCAUCAUGGGGUGAACCAGGCGGGAAAUGAGGCAGGGAGGUUUGGCCAAGGGGUCCACCAUGCUGCUGGGCAGGCUGGGAAGGAGGCAGAGAAAUUUGGUCAGGGGAUCCAUCAUGGGGUUAGCCAGGCUGGGAAGGAGGCAGAGAAGUUUGGUCAGGGGAUCCACCAUGCUGGUGGGCAGGUUGGGAAAGAGGGAGAAAAAAUAAUCCAAGGGGUCCAUCAUGGGGUUAACCAAGCUGGGAAAGAGGUGGAGAAAUUUGGCCAGGGGAUCCACCAUGCUGCUGGGCAGACUGGGAAGGAGGGAGACAAAAUAGUCCAAGGAGUCCACCAUGCGGUUAACCAGGCUGGGAAGGAGGCAGAGAAGUUUGGCCAUGAUGUUAAUUACGCUGCAGGGCAGGCUGGGGCAGAGGGAGACAAAAUAGUCCAGGGGAUCCAUCCUGGGGUCAACCAGGCUGGGAAGGAGGUGGAGCACUUUGGCCAGGGAGUUCACCAUGCCGUUGAACAGGCUGGAAAGGAGGCAGACAAGGUGGUCCAAGGGGUCCACGAUGGGGUCAACCAGGCCGGGAAGGAGGCAGAGAAGUUUGGCCAAGGGGUCAACCACGCUGCUGGCCAGGCUGGAAAGGAAGCGGAGAAACUUGGCCAAGGUGUCCACCAUGCUGCUGGCCAGGCCGGGAAGGAGGUGGAAAGGUUGCAGCAGAAUGUUCAUAAUGGGGUCAACCAAGCCGGCAAGGAGGCCAACCAGCUGCUGAAUGGCGCUCAUCCAGGCGUUUCCACCGGCCAGCACGGAGGGGGCGCAACCACAACAGCAACAUCUGGAGCCUCGGUCAACAAGCCCUUCAUCAACUUUCCAGCUCUGUGGAAGAGCGUCGCCAACAUCAUUCCCUAAACUGACGCACUGGCCUCACUCAGCAGACAGCCAUUCCUGUUAUCAUACUAGCUGAAAUGACCCGGAGGAGCUGGGGGCGGGGGUGGGGUGGGGUGGGUGGGCAGAUUUCCUAAGUCCCGGAAGUGGGCUGUACUGGGAUUUGUGAAUAAAUAUGACAUAUUAUACUCUCA